GUUGAGUCCUGCUGGCCUCGGUGAGGCGGUGCAGCGACCUUGCGAGGGGACGGAGGCCGCGCCUGGGCCGGUGCUGCCCCGCGCAUCUGCUCAUAGGAGAGCAUGUCCGUGGGUGCCUGGGCGGAGGAGGACGGGGAGAGGCUGCACCAGGCCGGCGUCCUGCCGUCUGAGGGCGAGUGUGCCCUGGAGGAUGAUGGGCAGGCCAAGGUCUGCGCCCUGGAGCCGGGCUCUGAGCCCCGGCCCAGCAGCGACGGCGCCUCCUCAGAAAGCUCCAGGGACGCCACCAGCAGCGACAUGCCCCAGGUCAUCCCCUGCAUGCUGCUCUUCUCGCUGGCCUUCCAGACGUGCGCAGAUUCUAGAAGAAUGUAUACGGGAAGUUCCACGGAAAGGUCCAAGAAAUUGUCCAUGUCCGAGAAAGCCAGCUGCAAGAUGCGCCGUUACUACCACAUUGAGUAUUUCCUCCUGCCGGACGACGAGGAGCCCAGGAAGGUGGACAUGGUGGUGUUCCCCACCGUGACCAAAGUGUUCAUGGACUCAGGCGUGAAGACCGUGAAGCCGUGGGUGGAAGGAGACAAAAUCUGGGUGACCUGGACCCAAAACUUUAGCAUGCAGGUGACGAAGGAAUUCCUAAAGAAAAUCGUUUUUUACAAAAUCAACAUGAAAAUCUGGGACACGAAAGACAAAGUCUCGAGGAAGGUCAGGUAUUACCGGCUAAAGACCUCGGGGUACACGGAAGAUCUGUCAGCUUUUGACGUGAGGCACCUGGUCGUGCACCAGCGGAGGCUGUCGGAGCAGAGCAGCUACAACAAGGAGGAGUGGAACCAGGACUUCGUGUCCAGCAAGGCGGGGAGAGCACGGAGAGGAAAGGCUUUGCACGACUCUGAAAACCUGUCCAUGAUCCCCGAGGAAUUUGAAAGGCUGAUCAGAGUGGAAGGAAACAGCCCCGAGUCACAACGGAGCUCAAGAAGAACGUUUCCUUCCCUGGCGUUGGAAAUCAAGGAGCUCCUGGAGAAAUCAUCCUUUGACAGCAUAACGAACUUGGCAGAUAAGGCCAGAGCAGCCCUCCGCGGCCGCAGCACCGCCUCUAUCAGACUGUCUCUCCUGGCGCCUCCAGCUCUGCUUCGUCAGGUUGCAGCCGCCAGACAAGCAGAUUUGGCAGCAAAAAGGAAACUGUCGAGGAGAAUGAAGAAAAUGUCCAAGGACGAGGAGAGCGAGAUGAGGCUGCUGAUGGCCCCGUUCACCCCGGACGUCUUCUCCAUCCAGCUGUCGCUCACGCCGCUGCUCGCAGGAUGGAAGAUGGUGCUGAGCCGGGGCCACGGGCGCUCCCCCAACAUCCUAGACUGCUUCCUGACCUUGAAGACCGAGGAGCCCCUCAUGACCGAGCAGCAGCGGCAGGAGCUGAACCCGAUGACCAUCAAGAUCAACCGCCUGAGCCGCCUGCCCUCGUCCCCGGUGCCGCUCUGGAAGCUGGAGAGCCAGUGCACGCCCGUCUACUGCAAGUACCAGUUUCCCGGCAUGCCGGCACACGUGACCGACGGGUAUCCCCACAGCAGCCGCAUCUACCUCCAGGACGUCAACGUCAUCUUCCUGGGGGACAUGCACCCCGGGGACGUGCGGGAGCUCCUGGAAGGCCCACCCCUGCUGGUCGAGGUGCACGACCGGGACCUCAAGACCGAGAACAGCAGCCAGAGGCCCGCUCUGUUCGGCGAGGAGCCCCUGGACACCUACCCCAACCUCCACGCCUUCGUCUCCCCCCGAGACCCCGAGUCCCACCCCUCUGAGUCACAGCAUAAGACGUGGGACCCGUACGGGGUGGCCCGAGUCAGCUUCGCGGACCUCCUCCUGGGCCACAAGUCCCUGAACCUGUCUGUCCCCAUCCACCGCUGCGAGCCGCCGCCCACCAACCCCAGCCUGCACAAGAGGCGGCCGCGGGCCCUGGACAGCGUCCAGCCCCUGCCCGCGGGCGACUACCUGGAGGCCCACUCCCAGAUCAAGCUGCGGGUGGACGUCGAGGUCCCCCUGCCGCAGGCCGGGCCCGAGACCCCCGAGCCCGACCCCACGGGCCCCCCGUUUGGCCGCGUCAUCUUCGUGUUCGGGUCCAGGCAGCACCUGCUCCUGCGGCCACUGCUCCACGACAUCACGGUCAUCAAUGCCAGGGCCCUCCACGUGGACACCUACCCGCUGGGCAACGUCUCGCAGGUCCUGCCGGCCAUCAGGGUGCGCAUGAACGUCAAGGACCGGCAGGACCUGGACGUGAUCACCGGCUUCCACCUGCUGGACGGGCAGCGCCACCUGCUCGUCCUGGAGGGCCUGCCCUGCCAGGGCCUGAAGCGCCUGUGGGAGAACUACCAGAGCCGGAUCGCCGUGGCGGAGCGCAGGCCGUGCGCGCCCUUCAAGGCGCUGUACAACUCACAGCUGCUCUUCCGCCGCCGCCUGUACGGGGACCUGGACAGCGUCGUGUACCACGUGCGCCUCUGCCAGCCCCUGGAAGAGCUGAUGCGGCGCCCAAAGCUCUACCUGCGGGACACGGUGCCGAAGCCCGUCUUCCAGGCCCUGACCAGGAUCUACGACAUCUGCCUCCAGAACACGCGGCUCAGGGAGGUGGUCGCCAGGGGCCUGCUGCCGUCCGCGGCCAUGGUCCGGCUCCUGAGCCAGCAGCUGGGGCUGCCCGUCGCGCAGGAGGAGUUCCUGGAGGAGGAGGGGCUGGCCACCUUCAUCCUGCCCUGCUCCCCGCGCCCGGGGCCGGCCCCGAAGCCGCGCGUCAGCCUGUUCCAGGACAUCGAGGAGCACCAGGCGCGGUACCUGCAGUGGCGGGAGAGCAUCGCGCUGCAGGGCCAGGAGCGCGGCCGCAGCUUCAUCCAGAGCAACAUCCUGAGCGCCUACCAGGCCGGCAGGAGGCCCGCGCCGCCCGUGGGGAAGGCCCUGCACAUCUCCGCCCCGGCUGCCUCCGUCUUCAACUACAGCUCGCAGGCCCUCAACCCUGCAGUGCUGGCCAGGAAGGAGCUGCAGCAGGAGAUGGCCAGGGUGCCCCGGAAGAGAUUCACCUACUCCCAGAAGUACCUCUCGGCCAUGGUGGACUGCCGUGACCCCGAGGAGGAGGGGGCGGCGAGGCGGGCGCCCCUGCGGGCCUGGCUCCCAGCCAAGGGCUUCCAAGUGACGGGCCUGCAGAACACCGACUACCUCUUCCCGCUGCAGCUGGGCACCGCGUUCACCGAGGAGUGGCAGGAAGGGGCGCUGUUCCGGAACGUGCUGGAGAACGUGCUGGACCGAGACAGGUGGCCCUGGGACCAACGCCACCUGGACUUCGAGCUGUACAAGAAGCCCCCUCCGUACUUCCAGCUGCCCCCGGUGCCGAAGCGCAAGCCCGUGCCAGGCAGGAAGCUGAGAGGGAGCAGCUGAGCCCACGGAGCCGACAGCAUUCCCCCACGUGGCGAUCCCGGACCCCGCAGCUGCUUGUGGCUCCAUUAAAGGGCCCGGCCCCGGCACUGCGCGUGUGUGUCCCUAUGUGUGUGUGUGCG